AGGUUUUUCAGGUCCUUGCUUGAGCGUGCUCUCACAGGCGUAAAUAAAUGUGCUAUCAACAGCCUGCGUCAGCCAACCCAGCUAUUUAAGCAGGCUGGCAUCAGCAAACAGCUCCCAAAUCCAGGGCUUCCUUUGCCACUUCCACCCGCGUCGAGACCAUGUCCGCGGAGACGGCGAGCGGCCCCACCGAGGACCAGCUGGAGAUCCUGGAGUACAACUUCAACAAGGUCAACAAGCACCCGGACCCCACCACGCUGUGCCUCAUCGCGGCCGAGGCCGGCCUCUCGGAGGAGGAGACCCAGAAAUGGUUUAAGCAGCGCCUGGCCCAGUGGCGACGGUCAGAAGGCCUACCUUCAGAGUGCAGAUCUGUUACGGACUAACGAUGUGGCGGGCAUUGGCAGCUUCCCUCCAUGAAGAACAUCUGCUGUUUCUCUCCUUGGAUUAACCAAGCUAUUUCAGUUUUUCAAUGUAUUAUAUAUUCCACUGUUAGCAGUCCUGCUAUUUAACACAAUGUUGUAUUUUUUAAUGUACAUAAUGAUGAAAGAAAAUAACAAUAGACAGUUAAUAUGCAGCUUCUGUGUAAAGCAGUGGCUUGGUGGGGAGUAGUAUGGCUUGCAUUUCCCUUCUGGUCAUGAUGACUGAUGGUGUGGAAACUAUCUAAGUUUGCCUUUGACUAUCACCUCCUAGGAACAAUUUACUUUCACCACCUGUUUUAGAGCAGACAACACCUCUGUUGAAAAGAUAACAUGACCAAGAAGGAGAAAUAUUUCUUCCUGUUUCUACUUCCCUAAGUCAUUUUUUUUUAUGUUUCAUUUAAUAUAUUGAGAUUAGAGAAUACAGAGGGAUAUUUGAGUCAUUCAGAUUUCAUAAAGCAGUUCCCUGGAUUAUAGCUGCAUUAACCUGUACAGAACCCAGUUAGCCUGGAAGACAGAAACUCCAAAUAGCAGAAAAUCAGAUAACUAAGAAAAUUCACAAAAGUCUUGAAUUUACCUUAUUUACAUGCAUUUGUUAAAUUUAUUUUGUUAAAUAAAAUGAACUGCUUUUUGUCUCUAACAUGAUAUUCUGAAUAAAACCUUAAUUUUUUGUUAAAAAUGUA